ACCAAACCUGGGCCCUCGGCCCUUGUUACAGUUGCCCCUGUAACAGGGAAGUCCUAAGUCCUGCUCAGAGCUGGAAAUCAGGCUACAGGGAAGUGUUGAAAUGAGGAAGGCGGACUGAGGCAACAAGAGCCAGCAGGAGGGCCUCACCCGUCAGGCUCGCUCUACUCCUGGGGUCUCACGGCCCGGAACUGGCCGUGCCCCUUUCCCGCUGAGAACUACCACUCGCCUCCCGCAGAGGCCCUGGGAGGAGUUGGCCUUGGCCUGCCUCUGUCGGCAGGAGGUCCUCAGGGCCUGGCAUGAGUCCUUCCUGGAGUCCGGAGGUCAGCACACAGCAGGGCAUGGGGUGGGAGAGGGGGGGCCAGCAGAGUCGAGAAACGAGUGACUGUUGGGUGUCUGCUGAGAAAUGCACAAAGCGCAGCGCAGGACAGGAAUUCAAGAAGCUCCCAGCAGGACCUGAAGACAGGCUGGGGCUCUCCCCCCUCCUCCCCUUCCUCCUCUGCCCUCCCGCCUGGCCAGUAGACCCCACCCCGUGGGGCCCGUGGAGCAGAAGCUACAGUCACUUCCUGAAGGCAGCAGCCCUGGCUCAGGUCCCACUCGCCCUGUGGCCCGUCACCCGCCUGCAGCCAUGGGGAGUCAUCAGGACUUUCGGAGCCUUCAAGCAAAGUUCCAGGCCUCUCAGCCCGAGACCGGCAAACUCCCCCAAGUAUCUCCAAAGCCCGAGUUCAACAAACUCCUCAAAAAGUUUCCACAGCCUGAGCUAGGCGAGCAUCCCAAGAAGCACCCCCAGCCCGAGUUCACUGAUCUGCCCAAGAAGCCCUGCAAACUUGAGUUCAGUGAACUCUCCAAGAAGGUCCCACAGCUCAAGGCCACUCCAUUCCCCAGGAAGCCCCUGCAGCCUGAGCUCAGCCACGCCCCAAGGCCCCCCACAGGGCCCAAGUUCGGUGCAUUCCCCAGGAAGUCCCAGCAGCCUGAGUCCAAUGAGGCCACCCUGAAGCCCCCCCAGCCCAAGUUCAGUACCGUUCCCGAGAAGUCCCAGCAGCCUGAGUCCAAUGAGGCCACCCUGAAGCCCCCCCAGCCCAAGUUCAGUACCGUUCCCGAGAAGCCCCCGCAGCUUGGGGUCAGUGGUCUCCCUGAGAAGUCCCUGCCGCAGCCCGAGUCCACUGAGGUCCCCCCAAUGCCCCCUUCAAAGCCCGAGUCCAGUGAGCCCCAGCCUCACUCCUCACAGCCCAACUUCAGUACAGUCCCCGGAAAGAUGCCACAGCCUCCGCUGAGUGACCUCCCCGAGAAGCCCCCGCGGCCCGAGUGUGGUGACCUCCCCAGGACGUCCUCGGGGCCCGAGUGCAGCCUGCUCCCCAAGGAGUUUCUGCAGCCCGAGUGGCGGGGGCCGCCCUGCAAGUCCUCCCAGCCCAAGCCCAGAUCUCUGCCCAGGAAGCAGGCAGAGUUCUUCGGUGACCUCCCUAGAAAGCCUCCACUCCCUGGCUCCCGUUCAGAGAGCUCACUGCCCACUGCCGUUGCAGGCUCCAGCCCUAGGUUCCCACUCAGCCCAGGGUUUGGAGCCAGGCAGCAGAGAUCUGGAGCCCUCACUUGCGGUGGAGGCUCGAGGCUGGGCCUCAAACCUGGCCACCCACCCCGGCGGAGGCCUCUCCCCCCAGUCAGCAGCCUGGGCGCCCCUCCAGCCAAGCCCCCACUGCCCCCAGGCCCCAGGGACGUCCAGAGAUUUCGAAGGACCUUGGCAGCAGGCACAGCUCUGCCGAGGAGCUUUUCUGCCGGCUUCCUGGCUCGACAGCCUGAAGACACCCCACAGUAUCCCCGCAGGGACCCAGAUGAGGCCUACAAGCUGUACGAGGACGUGGAGCCCACAGACGACUCCAGCCCCAGCCCCAAGGGCAGAGAUGAAGUGCUGUCUACCCAGCAACCCCCCAGGAGGCCACCACAAGACCAAGAGCCCAGGAAGGAGAAGGGCCCCCAGCCACAGCAGUUGCCGCCCACGGACCUGAAGUCUCUGAAGCAGAUCCGGAAGGCAGAGAAAGCUGAGCGGGAGUUCCGGAAGAAGUUCAAGUUUGAGGGGGAGAUUGUGAUUCAGACAAGGAUGAUGAUUGACCCCAACGCCAAGACCCGUCGCGGGGGUGGCAAGCACCUGGCGCUUCGGCGUGGGGAGAUCCUGGAGGUGAUAGAGUUCACCAGCAAGGAGGAGAUGCUGUGCCGGGACACCAAGGGCAAGUAUGGCUAUGUACCCAGAACAGCUCUACUGCCCCUGGAAACAGAGGUGUAUGACGACGUCGGUUCCUGGGCAGAUCCUCUGGAUAACCAACCAUUCCCCGGGGGACGAUAAGGCCUACAGGGGUGGGGACCCAGGACAACCCACCAAUCCAGCCACCUCUUAACCGAAGGAGCCCUGGAUCCCAGUUUGGCCGUCACAGAACUGCCCAGGCUCCUGUCUGACCACAGACACAGACCACAUAAAGCCCCUCUUUUAAAGCAA